AAGGUCAAAUUUAACUGAACCUCUAUAUUUAAAAAAAGUUUGUUAUCUGGCUAAAGACAAGAUUGUUUCUGAUCUGGCACAGUUUGUAGUCUGUAUUGUCCGUUAACUGUGUGUUUUGUCCUGGCUGUGGCCUCCCAGUGCAACUGAUCUUCCCAUUGAAGCGGUAACAUGAACUUUCAGGUCUUAAUUCAAACUCCAAACAGCAAAAAGAUGAUUUUGUCCGACGCACAUGAGAUCCAAAUCAGCUACGAGCUGAUGGAACAAAGCCUUAAGUGUGGCGGUUGUAAGCGUUUCCUCAAUGUUAAGCCCAUCGCUUUCGAUAACAUUAUGAAAUAUGCAAUUUGCGGUCGAUGUCAACCGGAAGUACGUUCGAAGCAUCUUUCUCCCCAGCCCCUUUAUGAGAGAUUGGCAUCGCAGUUCUUUUAUCCCUGCUGGUAUCGAACCGAAGGCUGUGAGGAAAUUCUGGCGCUUGAUGAAGUCCAGACGCACGAAAGAAUCUGCAGAUUUCGAGCGGUGUCCUGUCCGCUGUCAUCGUUGGAACUCGUUCAGCAGACAAGUUGCCGUUGGACUGGAAGCGCCCAGAUGAUCAACGAUCAUAUUCAGCAGCAUUCUGACUUGUUUCUAGAUCCCCCCAUGUUUGAAUGGCCGGAGAUUGGACAGAACUCGAUGUUUUUUACCAAAAUUGGCCACAAAAUCGUCACCGUGGCUGUCAAGUAUAAACAUAAAUCCAAAUUCCUUUGCCUUGCCUCGAUCAACGACACCGACCUGGCGAGUCAGUGUUACAAAUAUCAAUUGGAGCUGAUCAGCGAGGAUAAGCACAGCUCAAUAUUACUUCGGCGCGAUCGGCUGCGAUGCCUGCUGAGCAUGAGCCACGACUUCAAAACGCCCGAAAACGCCCUGCAAGUGAACCUUGAAAAACUGUCCGAUAUGCUUCACAACUCCACGAAGAUCUUCGCGAGGAUCGGCAUAGUGAAGAAGAGCAAGAAGCAGAUCCAGCAGAUCACGGGGGAUGUGAUUUCUGACCCGCCUUCCCCUGCAAACCCCCCACAGCCAGACGAUAUCGACGAAGACUUUUUGUCCGAAUUAGAAUGUCCUGUUUGCAACGAGUUCAUGAUUGCUCCCAUCUUCAUUUGCCUCACGGGGCACAGCUUGUGCAACGUCUGCAAGCCCAAGAUCAAAUUGUGCCCCACGUGCAAGUGCCAUUUCACGAAAGGGAGAAAUUUCACCCUGGAAAAACUGGCGGCCAAAAUCAAGUAUCCAUGCACGAAUCGAACCAUCGGCUGCCAUUUCGUAAGCACUUCGGAUCUCAUCAGGAGCCACGAGAACGUUUGCGAGUUUUCCAACAUUGACUGUUUUUACCAUUGUGGCUGGAAACUUCCCUUGGCAGACCUAGCCAAUCACUUGAAGAACAAUCACAGGACGAAUGAAAUCAUCAAUAACGAGGCGUUUGAAUUUUGUAUCGACGAGACUGUUUUCAACCCCUUUUCUUUUGUGGUCAUCGGCAGGCACUUGUUUGUGGUAGUGUGGAGUUGCACCGCCCUAAGCCAAACAGCCCCAAAGGAUGUGCUGUUCAAAGUCUACCACAUGAGCCAGACAGCCUCAGAUCAUGUCUUCCAGUACAACCUCCAGUUUUCGCUGGACUUUAACCAGUCGUGCCCCUGCAUGCAGUUAUCGUACUUUUGCGACGUCUGGACGCCUGAACAUGGAAUCCCACAGAAAGGGGGGCAAAACUGCCUGAGUAUUUCCGGAAAUCUGCUAAGCAACUACCUAGACCAAUCCAAUCAGGGUUACAUGAAAAUCACCAUCAGCCAGGUUGCUCAAACGGACGAACGCGCUUUUCUGAAAUCCUCCUGGUCUGGAGGCAGUGCGGCAGCGCUGGUGGCUAGUUCCGUGCAGUAGCGAUGAUCUGCAACAUCUACUGGCGGAAGCUGUACCAUAGAUAAAGUAGAUAGAGUAGA